ACUUUUGUUAACGAAUUAAUAGGCGCUUUAAUUAUAAACAAUGGAGAAUAACAAAUCUUAAAAAUCUUACAUGUAAAAUAUCUAUACGUGUCAAAAUCAUGAAGAGAGUUGGAGGACAUAUUAUUCGAAAACGCAAUUCAACCUUACUACUUUUAUUGUGGGUUAUUGCAAUCGGCCUGAUUUUAAACAUCGUGUUUUAUUACAGAACAAAUUUAAUCGCACCACUGACCAUCACAAGCUACUACCAUGACUCAUAUUCAGAAAAGGCAUCUACCGAAAUUACUUGGAGGAGUAUCCUGAAACCAUGCGAAGGAAAAACAGCAUGGAGUAGAAGGGUUAAAGACAAAUCCAAACGAACAAACGUAAGUUUAAGUGAGUUUUCUUUAACUUUUAAUGGGUUAAGUGGUCGCGCGGAAAUCGUAAUCAAUACGUAUGACUCAAACGGAGAAAAAAAGCAGGCUGGAGGAGAUUCUUGGAUGAUUCGAGUAAAUGGAGCUGCCUCGAUGUAUGUCCAAAUGCGAGACAACAACGACGGAUCGUAUCACACCUAUUUUGAACUACCAGAAGUGGGCACAUAUAAAGUCGUAGCAAUAUUAGAGUUCAGUUUGUGUGAUGGUUUACGUGACCCUCCACCAUGGUGGUUUACAAAUGGAACUCAACACGGUAAAUAUCAAACCGCCUUACUUAACGAUGACGAUGCCUAUACGCAGGAGACUAAAACGUUAACACUUGAUCAUAAACAUCCUACAAAGCCUACAGGACUUAAUACACAGAAGCAUAACUGUGAAAAUUUGAACAAACCCGGCUAUUGGAAACUACAAAACAACCAAUUCAAAUACGUUCUUUAUGAGCAGGAAAAGAUUUCAAGUAAGCAGCCCAAAAAAUACACAGCAUUUUGGGUAUAUGGCGACUCAGUUAGUGCUGUGUUCUCAAAAUAUGUGAAAUACACCGUCUGUUCUUACUUUGAAUUUUGUCACGUGACUUACACGUGGUUGUACCCACUGGGAAUUGGCAUUCCAUAUAAAAGCUACAAACACAAAGAGUUUGACAGUAAAUUAAUUUUAAGUAAAUUAAAAGAUUUAUUAUCGAAGAAAAUGAUGGCAACCAAACGCAGCGUCUUCUUGAUCAAUAUAGGACUUCACGCUAUUUCAUGUUUGACUUUUAAACAGCUAACAUUAUUGUUUACUGACAUUGUAAAAAUGAUUAAGACAUUGAAGAAAACACAAGAACUACCGCAAAUUAUUUGGAAAAACACCACACCAUCUUUUCGAAACGUCAAUAAAGAAACUUUGCGAUUUUUAACGAAACAUCGCAUCAUGUUAUGGAAUGCGUUCGUGAAAGAAGUAGCAUGUAAAGAAGGAAUACCUGUAUUGAAUGUUCAUGACAUCGGUGCAGCUUAUCCAAAUGGAACUCUUGAUGGAAUCCAUUUUAAAAAUGGUACGUUCGAAAGUGCUGCACAAUCUCUUGUAAAUCAUCUUGUUAAAGGUUUUAACUAGCUAAUAAAUGACGUAUUUAUCCAGCCUAAGGUCUCUUGAAAUUCAUAUAUAAAAAAUAAAAACACAAUUUCUUAAAUUUUGCGUUAAUUUUCUGGAGCGUUAAUAUCCUGGAAUAAGGUAUGAUGAACAGAUUUUAAAACAUAUUCUUCCAAGUUUAUAAAGACUUAAAAUAUAUAACAACUGCAUUUUCUGCCAACUAAUUUUUUUUUUCUUUUUCUGGUGCGUUAGAGAAAUGUAAAAGUUUUUUUAGUUAGAAUGAGGGAAAUUUGUAAUAAAUUUCUUUGUAAAUACUUCCCACUAUGCAAUCAAAAAAUUGCACAUGCAAUUACAACCACGCGAAAAAUCUAAACUUGUCGUUCGCAAAGUUAAAUCUUCGCGAAAGUUCUCCUUCUCAACUAUGCGUAAGCAUACAUUUUUUUCCACAGUAUUUUGUAUGACACAAUUUCAAUAAUUGGAGGUUUACUCAAAAGAAGCGCUCAUUUAAUUUUGGGGUUGUAGGCAUCUUUUUGUCCAAAAUUUGUCACCUGA